UCUCCCAACCAACGUGCUUGUGCGUUUCAGGGCGAAAUGUGAUGCGUGCGCGCGCGUGUGUAUGUGAAUGAGAAUGAUUUUCCCCCUCCGAGUGCGUGUGCGUGAAUAUUAGCUCAGAUAGGCCGUAAAACCUUCUGCAAAAGAGGGAAGCAAAGUGGAAAAAUAGUUCAAAAUUUCGAAAGAUCAAAGAGUGUCGCGUUUGCUCCCCGCUUCUACGGUGUGUGACAAGGGUUUGGCAUUAAGUGAUUUCCCACCUUCCCUCGUACGCCUGUUAACCGUGCUCUUUGCCACCUUUUGUGAGGUGAAACGAAACAACAUAUAUUCAACACACACCAAAAGGAAAAAAAAAAUGUCGCCACCCAGUCGAAAUUCAACGGGCGGCUCGUUAAAAUCCGAUCCAUCACGGUUAAAGAUGUAUCGAUGUCACAAGCGGCUCGAUUUACAGCAGCAGCAUCACAAAUGCAAAAGCUACCGAAGAACGUUAUGGACCGGCAGCACCGGUCAGAUUGCCGCUGAGUGGGUGCCACCUCCCGGGGGCCACCCUCAUUGUGAACCCUCCGCACCGGACGUGGAGUCUUCCAGUGGUAGUGACGGUUGCCGGCGGCUGGUGCAAUCCGAUCCGGUGCGGCCACCGUACACCAGCAGCGCCCAAAGUGGCAGUCACCCCACCGCUGGCCGUCACCGACCGGGACGACGCAUCUCGCAGCAGCUGUUCUGGACCGCCGUCCUGCUUCUGUGCGCUGGCCUAUGUACAAAGACCGGAUGUGACGAUACGGAGCAGUUCCAGAAAAACAGAAAAUUUACUCCUACAACCGCAACAGUCGACACCAUUCCAGCGCGCAUCGUAUGGGCAGCGAUUGAUCACGAUGCGGAGCUACCGUGCGACAUUACGGCACCGUCGUCACAGGAUGGCGUCAAGCUCGUCCUGUGGUUUAAGGACUCCACCGGAAUUCCGCUGUACAGCUUGGACUCGCGCAGCGGUGUGCCGAUUUCGGCCGCCCAACACUCCACCAUCGCGAACGAUCUGGGCCAGCGGUUGUUUUUCUCGGUCGGCGCAACACCGAAGGAGGCCCGCCUGCAGAUACGCAACAUCAAAACAUCCGACGGUGGCGUCUACCGGUGCCGGGUGGACUAUUUCAACUCGCCCACGCGCAACUACCGAGUCAAUUUGACGCUGGCUGUUCCACCAGAAGAACCAAGAAUAUUCGAUGCGCAGGGUAAGGAAAUAUCAACCGUUGCUGGACCAUUUCGGGAGGGUCAUGAACUGUUCCUGUCAUGCCAGGUCUCUGGAGGGCGUCCACCGCCGCGCGUCACCUGGUGGCGGGAUGGUGUCGAAAUUUCCAGCACCAGCCAUCCAUCCGCCGUCGAAGGCACCUCGGCCAUGGUUAAUCAACUAUUCAUCAGCACCGUCACGCGGGACUUUUUCGGCUCGAAGCUGCAAUGCCGCGCGGCCGGUUCGAAGCUGGUGCCGGCCGUCUCGAAGGAAGUCGCCAUACAAGUACACCUGAAACCGCUGCGAGUGAAAAUCAUUUCCCCGAACGAGCUGCUGACAGCGGGUCGCCCGGUUCCGAUUCGAUGCGAAGCGUGGGGUUCCUUUCCGGCGGCGAAAGUCGUUUGGCUGCUCGAUGGCGAACCGCUGCGCAGUGCCGACAUUACGGUGCACACCGACAGCAAUGAUUCGAAUUUGACCUCCAGCAUACUGACGCUGCGCGUGACGGCGGAGAACGACGGUGCGGAGCUGACCUGUCGCGCUUCGAAUGCGUGGUUUUCCGGCGGUGCGAUCGAGGAUAAGCGCAUCAUAAGUGUUGCAUACGAACCGGUCGUAUCGGUGCAUCUGUCCAACGAGGAUCCGAGCCGGGUGAUAACGCGCGCUGAGGGUGAAAACGUUACGCUCAAAUGCCGGGCGGAUGCGAGACCACCGGUCACUUCCUUUUCCUGGUACAAAAACAACAUGAGGAUGUCCGGAGAAAAUGGGGAAACCUUGUACUUGACGCAGCUGGAGCGGGAAAGUGCCGGAUCGUACGCUUGUGCCGCUUCCAACACGGAAGGUGAAACGCGCAGCUCAUCUCUAACGCUCAAAAUACAGUUUGCACCGCGUUGCAAACCGGGCACGGAGCAAACGUCGGUCGGUUCGCUCAACAUGCACUCGCUGCACGUCAAGUGUGAGGUGGAGGCUGACCCACCGGACGGUGUACGGUUCAGCUGGACGUACAACAACACGCGCAACGUGUCACCGGUGCUAAACUCGCGCAUCAGCUCGCACGGGCUCGUCAGCACCAUGACCUAUCUGCCACAGUCCGACUCGGAGCUGGUAACGCUGGCCUGCUGGGCGAUCAACAAUGUCGGCCGACAGACGGUGCCAUGUCUGAUACAUAUUUUACCUGCAAAGAUUCCAGAUACGCCCCGGAACUGCGAGCUGCACAACGACACGGUGCUGGAGGUGGUGUGCCUGGCGGGCAGUGACGGUGGUCUGAUGCAGUCGUUUCUGCUCGAGGUCGUCGGUGGUGUGGCACCGCCCGCUUACAAUCUGGACUUUACCCGGGGCCCACCGACCGAGAUCGAUAAUGAAAUUUCCACCAUGAACGAUCAGGCCACAUUAGCACCAUUAUUCCGAAUCCAGGAGCAGAUACCGCAGUUUAAAUUGCACAGCUUAGAACCGGGCCGCGACUAUCAGCUGUUGGUGUACGCCGUCAACGCAAAGGGCAAAAGUGAUCCACCGUUCGUUAUCGAUAAAGUGCGCGUCGGGUCGGCGUUGGUGCCACCGUACGUGGAUGAAACCAUCAUCUCCGAGGAUCCGACACCGGCGGAAACUUCGCACCAGGACAAGCAGAAGCAACAGUCACAGAUGGUAAUGUUUGCUGCUGUCGCGGCUGCCAUCGGUGUCAUCAUAGCGUCCAUCAUCGUUGCCGGGUUCGUCGCGAUAUGUAGGCUAAAGCGGCAGAAACCUCCCGAACCUCAGGAAGUUCGGAAGCGAAUGCGACCUGCCCGAACCGAUGUGCCAUCGAUGUACGCCGAGGACGAUGUAUUCGAUGAUGAGUAUCAGCGGCAGCUGGAUGUACGCUGCAGUCGUGCCUCGUCCACCAUUAGAAGUAGUCGUUACGUAUCGGAAGGAUUUGUACAGUAUUCCCAACCUAGUCUUAAUGUUUAUAUUGCAGAUCCCGAUCUAAUAUUGCCGCGCGGGGGCGACAUCGAGUUCACCACACUAUCAGGAGCUUAACACACGCUGCCGGCUGACCAGCGGACACCGGGGCAACAGCUGGAGGUGCAGGACAGCCGCCCGGGAUGCGGCCUUCAGUCCAAUGAUGCAACCUUACACUUAAUCACAAAGUAGUGUGACGCGAUGACGUUUUUAAACAAAACUUUCAAGCAAAUUCAACACAAACAAAACUGGUAGCGAUAAGAUAGGGAGGGGAAAAAGAGAGGGGGGACAAUGGUGUUUAGGCAUAGCCGGUAGGACAGAAGAGAACAUACAAAUCAAAAGUAGCUAAUCAAACCAAAUGAAUUAUGUGACGCGUUUGAGCAGUGCAGAAGGAAAGAAGAAUGUAAGCAGACAGAUUUUAGCGCUUAGUGUUAAAUCCCCGGUAUCGGAACGUUGGUGCAAUGUGCAAAAGUGUUUAGACGCGUAACGCAAGGGAAGGUUUUGAAAUUAAACACCGGAUCACAAAAUUGUUGCCCGUUCGUGGUUUUCAUUGUACACACGUCACAUGAACAGAGUUUAAUAGGAAAAGAAAAGCAUAUGCGUAGGUGCUGGUGCAGGUGGGAGUAGAACAGUUUUACCUUUUUUUCUGUUUCUAUCAAAUAAGCUCAUCAAGUUGACCUGGAAGUUGGGCAUACUCCGGUGUUUGGGAGUGUGCGUGUGUGUAGUUUGUCAGCUGGUUUAGUUUACGUUAUUGUAUAAAAGCGUUAAAAUUUAGUGGUUAGCAUAAAAGAAAGCACACAUCUUGUAACGAUACACACGCGAAGAAACUCAUCAUUGUGUCCCGACACACGCAGGAGAAGUUGCGCUACCAAAUGGCCAAAACAUGGAACUGUGUUCGUGAAAAGAAAGGGGCUCACGGUAAGCACGGUAGUGCUGUAAUGUGCGGAAGAGAAAAACAAAACAAACAAUUGCUAUUUGAAUCUAACACAAUUCGGUAAUGUUGCUCUAACAUUGUAAAAUCAUACCAAUCAUACACAACAACAAAACACACACACACACACCAUCAAGGAAUGAUAAUGAAGAAGCCAUUUUGUUUUAUUUAUUUACUUUUUUAAAUGAAACAAAUACAUUCGGAAACCAAAUGAUAAAACCACUGUCGACGGUUAAAAUAGACUAUGGGCAGACUUUUAGCGUGUAUGAAGACGUAAUAAAACAAUAAGAAAACGAGCCAUAAUGCAAAACAAAAGGUGUACAAGUGGAAACGGUAUGACAGUACGGAAUCAUACAAGCAAAGAAAAAAAAACAAACAACAAUACCAACAUACAAACCAAAUGCCACAGUUUUCGAUGGAACAAACAAAAAAACCCUACUAACAAUCAAACGAAUAAAGCAAACCAACAAACUG